AUGGCAACAGGAGACAUAAAAAACAAUUUGCGUAAACUUCAGUCAGAGAUUAAGUUGUUGAAAUAUCCUGAGACGGCUGACGUCGCUGGAUUAUCAAAAGGAGUUCCAACAGCUUUCUUACCAAUUUAUCACUAUGCCUUUACUCAGUAUAGUUCUGCUGUUGCUGCAAAAAUAGCUGAGAUGGAUAUAGAGUUAUUCGGAAAGUCAGAUCUCCGUUUUAUGGAAGCCGUAUAUAAGAUACUACGAGACAUGUUUAAAUAUAAACCACUGAUAUCUAAAGACCAGUUUUUCUCCUCGGGGUUUGCUGAACGUAAAGUUAUCAUGACAACAGAAAUUCUAGGGUUGAUUCGAGCCAAGAAAAAGGAACUGCAGCCAACACCUAGAGGGUCUACUAGUCUCAGAGUUAACUCUUCAAUGGAUUCUCUUAAUUCUGUAAGUUUCAUUAGAUACUGCAAAUGA